GACAGAACGGAUUCUUUGCAAUAAGCGAUCAUUAAGCGAUAUUAACUUCAUGAAAAAGCUGAAUUAAAUCUGCGAUGUCCAUCCAAAAUCAGGGUGGAGACUCCAUGGAUGAAACAAAAUCACCCGGAGAUGAAGAUUUUUAUCCAAGAUGCAGUUCAGUCCAGCAGGAGAGAUCAGAUUCACCAGAUUUCAGAUGUGUAUCUAUGAGUGUCAGGUCUAUUGAACAGCCAGUAAAUAUUAAGAAUGGAGACACACAACCUGAUCUCAUUUCAGUCCAGCAGGAGAGAUCAGAUUCACCAGAUUUCAGCUGUGUGUCUAUGAGUGUCCAGUCUAUUGAACAGCCAGUAAAUAUUAAGAAUGGAGACACACAACCUGAUCUCAUGUAUGAACACUUCCUUAAGGCAUUGAAAUCAAAUCUGAGGAAGACAUUUCAGUGUCUGUAUGAGGGAACAUCAAAGCAGGGAAACCCAACACUCCUGAAUGAGAUCUACACAGAUCUCUACAUCACAGAGGCUGAAAAUGGAGAGAUCAGUAAUGAACAUGAGAUGAGACAGAUUGAGACACAAUUCAAGAGAGCAGCAACAGAGGACACACCAAUCAAAUGCAAUGACAUCUUUAGACCUUUACCUGGACAAGACAAACCCAUCAGAACUGUGCUGACAAAGGGAGUCGCUGGUAUUGGAAAAACCGUCUCUGUGCAGAAGUUCAUCCUGGACUGGGCUGAAGGGAAAGAAAAUCAGGACAUCCACCUCAUAUUUCCACUUCCUUUCAGAGAGCUCAAUUUGAUACAAGACCAAAAAUGUAGGCUUUUAGAUCUUCUUCAGUGUUUUUUCACAGAAAUAAAAGAACUGGAUAUUUUCAGCAGUGAAUAUAAAGUGGCAUUUUUCUUUGAUGGUCUGGACGAGUGUCGUUUGCCUCUGAAUUUUCACUGCAAUGUGAAGUUGUGUGAUGUACAUGAAUCAGCCUCAGUGGACGUGCUGCUGACGAACCUCAUUGUGGGAAAUCUGCUUCCCUCUGCUCUCAUCUGGAUCACCUCCAGACCAGCAGCAGCUGAUCUCAUCCCUUCUGAAUGUGUCCAUCGAGUGACAGAAGUGCGAGGCUUCAGUGACCCACAGAAGGAGGAAUACUUCAGAAAGAGAAUCAGUGAUCAGAGUCUGGCUAACAGGAUCAUCUCACACCUUAAGUCAUCAAGAAGCCUCUACAUCAUGUGCCACAUCCCAGUCUUCUGCUGGAUCUCAGCCACUGUUCUAGAGGAGAUGUUGAGAGAAACAGAGAGAGGAGAGAUUCCCAAGACUCUCACUCAAAUGUACACACACUUCCUGAUCAUUCAGACCAACAUCAAACAUGAGAAGGACUAUGAGAAGACAGUGAAAGAUGAAGACAUGAUUCUCAAACUGGGGAAAAUAGCUUUUCAGCAGCUUGUGAAAGGAAAUCUGAUAUUCUAUGAGGACGAUUUGAGAGUGUGUGGUAUCGAUGUGACAGAAGCAUCAGUGUAUUCAGGAUUGUGCACUCAGAUCUUUAAAGAGGAGUUUGGGCUCUUCCAGGGGAAGGUGUACUGCUUUGUUCAUCUGAGCAUCCAGGAACAUCUAGCAGCUUUAUAUGUGCACCUCUCUUUCACAAACAACAACCUAAAUGUGUUUGAUGAAAUCUCCAAACUGAGACCACGGUUUAAAGUCUUGAACUUGAUUCAGAAUAAUCCACCAAAACAUGUUAUAUCUGAGCUGCAUCAGAGAGCUGUGGAUGAGACUCUGCAGAGUAAAAAUGGACAUCUGGACCUUUUCCUGCGUUUUCUUCUGGGUCUGUCAGUGGAAUCUAAUUAUGUUCUUCUACAAAGUCUAAUGAAACAGACAGGAAGCAGCUCUACCAGUAAUAAAAAAACAGCUGAGUACAUCAAGAAGAAGAUCAGCACCAGUCGCUCUCCAGAUAAAUCUAUCAAUCUUUUCCACUGUCUAAAUGAGCUGGGUGACCAUUCACUAGUGGAGAAAGUACAAGAUUAUCUGAAAUCUGGAACACUAAGUGACGCCAAAUUAUCUUCAUCUCAGUGGUCAGCUGUAGUUUUUUUGUUGUUGACGUCAGAGACAAAGUUGGAUGAGUUUUAUCUUAAGAAAUUUGUUGGAAGAAAAAAUAAAUCUGAAAAUGUGAAAGUUCUUCAGAAGCUGCUGCCUGUGGUUAAAGAAUCCAGAUCAGUUCAAUUGAGCGGCUGUGGCAUCGCAAAACAAGGUUGUGAAUUUUUGGCUUCUGCUUUAAAAUCAAAUCCCUCACACCUAAGAGAUCUGCAUCUGUCUGAUAAUAAACUAGGAAACUCAGGAGUGGAGCAGCUUUCUGCUGCACUGAAGAAUCCUCACUGUAAACUGCAGAAACUGAAGUUGUCUAAUUGUGGUGUCACAAAUAAAGGCUUAGCUGCUCUGACGUCAGCUCUGGCAUCAAACCCAUCACACCUGAGAAAUCUGAAUCUGGCUGAGAAUAAACUACAAAAUUCAGGAGUGGAACUGCUCUCUGAUGUACUGGAGAAUCCUCACUGUAAACUGGAGAUACUGUGGUUGAGGAGGUGUAAUGUAACAGAUGCAGGCUGUGAUGAUCUGGCUUCAGCUCUGAUAUCAAACCCCUCACACUUAAGACAGCUAAAUCUGUCUUGGAAUAAACUAGGAAAUGCUGGAGUGAAGCUGCUCUCUGAUGUACUGGAAAAUCCUCAAUGUAAACUUGAGUUACUGUGGCUGAUUAAUUGUGGUGUCACAGAUGAAGGUUGUGUUGCUUUGGCUUCAGCUCUGAGAUCAAACCCUUCACACCUGAGAGAACUGGAUCUGUCUUAUAAUAAACUAGGAGACUCGGUAAAGCUGCUUUCUGCUCUAAAGGAUGAUCCAUAUUAUAAACUGGACAGACUAAACAGUUAUUACUUUUAA